UUGUUUGGAUUAAUUAUCCUUCCGAGCUCGACCACAGGUGUGUCUCGCCCCAAAUAACGGACAGACGAACCCCAUGACAGACAGUAUCGCUAAGUGAAGGCGACGAGACGUGGUUCCCUGAGCAGGCGUAAGGCGCCAGGAUGACCGAGGACUUCGGGGGAGUGACGAUGAGCGACGAGGACAGCGAAGAGGACACGCAACUCCACCCCUAUCAGUGCAGGCAGCCUACGGAAUUACAGGGAACUGUAUCAAAAUGGACCAAUUACAUCCAUGGCUGGCAAAACCGUUACAUGGUUUUGAAGGAAGGAACAAUGAGCUAUUACAAAAACCAAGAUGAGACUGCAUUUGGAUGCCGUGGCUCUAUAAGUGUCCAGAGAGCCCAUGUGAAGCCUCAUGAGAUUGAUGAAUGCCGCUUUGACAUUUGUUUAAAUGAUUGUGUGUGGUAUCUUCGCACUGGAACAGAAGAAGAGAAGCACCAAUGGGUUGAUGCAAUAGAGCAGCACAAGCUGGAAACAAAUGGAUUGCGGCGCCAUGGCAGUGCUGUGUCCUUGACCUCCAACACCCUUUCUACAACCUCUGGUUCGUCUUUCAAACGCUCAAAAGGACUAAAAGAGAAAUUGGCAGAAAUUGACACAUAUCGAGAUAUUCUUAUACGACAAAUGGAAACACUUCAGUCUUACUUUGAUGCCUGUGCUGAGACUUAUAAAGACAUUAAGAAUAGUGAAGCAACUUGUAAUGGCCAUGAGGGAGACCAAGAAGGUGUUGUAGAGGCAGCAUUAAUGGCCGAGUGCAGUGUUGGGGACUCCCCUAAAGUAGGAAAUAGACGGUUUUCUCCUGACCGUUCCCCUCAUCCUCAUAUUACCAGAGAAAUCUUAGAGAAGCAUGGUUCCUAUGCUCUGGAUUUCCGUGGAGAAGCACUUACAUUUAAGGCAACAACUGCAGGGAUCCUAACCACAUUAAGUCAUUGUGUGGAGGUCAUGAACCAAAGAGAAGAAUCCUUUAAGAGGCGACUUGAACGUGAAGCGGAGAAAAGAAAGCGACUUGAGGAGAAAUUAAAACAUGCUCUUGCGCACAGCACACAGGAGACACAGCCUAGCAGAAGAGUGGUAGUUAUGGGUGGACCAGACUAUGAGGAAGGACCUCAUAGCGUCAUAGGAGAGGAUGAAUUCUUUGAUGCAGUUGAGUCAGCGCUGGACAAAAUGGAUGAGGAGGAGGAAUUCCGUGAACGUCUGCGUCAGAAGCAACUAGCAGCGCCUCAGAAAUCUGCAACUACACAUCCUCUCUGGCCACAGAUUGAAAAGCUGACGAUAGAGCAACUUGGCUAUGCACAACAAGAUGUGGAAGGGGGUGUUUGGCAAUUAUUUGCUGAAGAAGGUGAAAUGAAAAUGUACCGCAGAGAGCUUGAGGAAGAUGGCUUGGUGGUUGAUCCUCUGAAGGCAGUUCACCAAGUCAGAGGUGCUACUGCCCAUGAAAUGGUCCAUCACUUCUGGUCACCAGAUGUUAGAUUUGAGUGGGAUACAAGCAUAGAGCAGAUGACAGUCUUAGACAGGAUAUCUGCGGACACACUCAUAUUCCUGCAGCUUCACAAGAGAGUCUGGCCGACUGCUCAACGUGAUGCCCUGUUCUGGUCGCACAUACGGGAGAUACCAUCCUCUGACCCAGCCAAUGGUAAAGCCCAUGACACCUGGAUAGUCUGCAAUCAGUCUGCUGAACAUCCUGAUGCUCCAAAUGAUGGGAAAUAUGUCCGAAUAGAUUUGACAGUAUGUUUUGUGUGCCAAACAUUUAUUGACCCUCCGCCAGCUGAGGGACAACCUAUAACACGAGACAAUCUGUUGGUUAAAAUAACUUACUGCUCAGUAGUUAAUCCUGGAGGAUGGGCUCCAGCUUCAGUUCUGCGAGCAGUGUACAAACGUGAGUAUCCAAAGUUCCUGAAGAGGUUUACUCAGUAUGUAGUGGACAAGUGUGCGGACCAGCCCAUUGCCUUCUCGGGGUUGAAGAUCAAGGACCACAGCAAACACUGGAGGGGUUGAUGGAAUCCUGCUUGGUGGGAGAAAAAUCCAUUGUUAAAAGAAGAGUUUAACUGAAUAUUGUGUAAAUGUAAUAUGGUUUUGAAUGUCGUGAUGAUAGCACAAACAGUAGCCAUCAACUGGGCAGACAUUCCUCGAUUUAUGGAGUUCUUAGGUUCCUGAAGCUAGUACAUAAGCCAAAAAUAAAUUUAAGACAACUGAAAAGUAAAUGUUGUUACAUUAAAAAACAUGUGUGCACACAGACACACACACACACACACACACACACACACACACACACACACACACACACACACACACACACACACACACACACACACACACACACACACACACACACUCACACACACUCACACACUCACACACUCACACACUCACACACUCACACACUCACACACACACACACACACACACACACACACACACACACACACACACACACACACACACACAC